AAAGUAAUAACAACCAAGUCAACGAGACCACGAGACUACGCAGGCACAAAGAUCAAACUAUAAAGAUCCCAUCGUCUCUUCCUCUUUCAUUUCGGCUAACUCCAAAUGACCACUGAGAUGGAUAGAAUUGAAUCUUACGUGUUUGAUAUCUCCGGUGAUCAUCUGCAUUUGUCUUCUGAGUCGGUCUCUUCACCUUCUAAUUCUUCUAUUGGGAAGAAUAGCGAUGACGAUGACGAGGAAGAUAAUGAAGCUGAGUCAUCUCCGGACAAGGGUCCUCUUGAUUUGAUGGAAGCUCUCGAAGAAGUCUUACCCGUUAGGAAAGGGAUAUCGAAUUAUUACAAUGGAAAGUCAAAGUCUUUCACGAAUUUAGCUGAGGAUGCUGCCUCGGCGUUGGCUUCUUCAUCUUCCAUGAAAGACUUGGCGAAGCCGGAGAAUCCUUACAGUCGUCGUCGUCGGAAUCUCCUCUGCCAUAAGAUUUGGGAGAAGAGUCCACGUGGAAGGAUCUAUAAGAAACAGACCAUGAGCUCGAGCAAGAGCAAGAGCAAGUGCGCGUUGACGCUUGCUGUGAUGGUUGCUGCCGAGGAAGGUUCUUCGUCCGGCGGAGACUCGUCUACGGGAACAAGUCCGACGUUCACUGGAUAUCCUCCGCUGUAUCCUGGGAGCCAAGGGUCUUUUGGUAAUAUGAAGUCUUCUCAUUCGUCGUCAACGGGUUUUUGUGCGUGGAGAUCGUAUUCGGUGGCUGAAAUUCCGAGGUGUUUUCCGGCGACGGCGAGUGGUAUUGGGUCCACUGACUCGUAGGAAGGAUUUAACAUUUUGUGUUUUUUUUGUUAAAAAUUAUAUUUUUUUGUUAAAUCCUUUUUUUUUCGUCAACAUUUUCCAUUAAAGGAAAGGCAAGUCAAAUCCUUUUAAUA